AAAUGGUUUCUUCAAUUGCCACUAAAAUCCCACUUUGCCUACACUCAUCAACCCUCAAUCACAACUCGAAUGUUGUUCACCCCAUUUCCCUCAAAACCCUUUUUCUUCCUCCCCUUUACAGUCCCAAAACCCUGACUACUCUUUACCCCAAGCUCCAAGCAGCUUCCAAAUCCCAAAAUUCAGCUAUUUUAACCUGUUCUUGGAAACCCCAGAAAGUAAUUUCCAAGUUUUUCAGUGAAAAGAUUGUUUUUUUACUUGUUGGGUCAUUCUUGUUUAUGGGUAUAAGGGCUAAACGUGUAUUCUCAUUGCCACAACCAGUUCAAGGAAGUAGUGUUGUUGAGACCCAAGAAGGAGAUAGUGAGGAAGAAGUGAUGUGUAUGAAGUUGUUGGAGAAGAAUCCGAAAGAUGUUCAUGCUUUGAAGACUAUUGUUAAUGUGAAGAUGAGGAAAGGGAAGACUAAAGAGGCUUUGAAGUAUGUGGAGAAGUUGAUUGAGGUUCAGCCUACAGAAAUGGAGUGGAGGCUUUUGGAGGCUCUUUGUUAUGAGAUGAUGGGGCAGUUAAGUAAGGCUAAGAGGUUGUUUAAGGAGAUUUUGAAGCAGAAGCCUCUCUUGCUUAGAGCAUUGCAUGGUUUAGCUAUGGUGAUGCACAAAAACUUUGAAGGUCCCGCUGUAUUUGAGAUGCUAAAUGAUGCUCUAGAAGUUGCUCGCCAGGAAAAAAGAGUCAAUGAGGAAAGAAACAUAAAAAUAUUAGUCGCACAAAUGCAUGUUGUUAAGGGUGAGUUAGAAGAGGCCUUACAGAAGUUUAAACUUCUUGUCCAAGAGAACCCGAGAGACUUCAGGCCUUAUCUGUGCCAGGGAAUAGUCUACAGUUUGUUGGACAAGAAGAAAGAAGCCGAUGAACAGUUUGAGAUUUAUCGAAGUCUGGUACCCAAAGAAUUUCCUCAGAGAGGUUUCCUUGAUGAUGUUGUGUUGGCUGCAAAGACAGAAACUAGGGAACAACUUGAGAAGGAGUUCAAGAAUGAAUUCUCUUACAAGACAUGAAAAGCCAUGCCUAAUUAUCACAUUUUCA